GGCUCGAGGGUGCCUAUCCAGGAAUUCAAGACUCAAUGCUACGUGACAAAAGAUUCCGCGUCACCUUAUACCCAGCUCCCGGCGAUUGUUAAUCCGUCGCCAUACUACCCUCUCCAGGGCAAUGUCGGUCAAAUCCCGGUGCUGACAGCUUUUGUCCCCAGCCUGGAGAAGGACAGCGCAUUUCGAGUCUCCGUUCACAGCUGGGAUAAGCCUCGCCCCUCCCGAUUCAUGGAGAGAAUGAUGCAGCCGGACGAUGUGCUUCUGUUUGAGGCUCGAGUCUUCAUAGACGGCACUCUUACGGCGGGGGGCGUAUUUGGGCAGAGGGCUUUGUGGCCCUAUGUCAUCGACCUCGAUCGCGACGGGAACCCGGACAAUCUCCGCUUUCCUGCUUUCCAUCCCGAGAUCUUGGAACAGAGGCAUUGGGAUGCAGGCGAUGUGUAUGGUCGGAUAAAGGUUGUGAUUGCAGAAGGUUUUGCUCGACCCAAUCGAACUCCCCCAUUUGAGCGUGUCAAAGAUGUGGUGUCCCUGUCAUUCCAGCAUGCUCCUCUGCAUAUAUUGGAAUACUCCAAUAUCGCGUGGCCCAACCCGACCAUGGACCGGGACGACCUCCAUGCGCACUCUCCGGGGAAAGCUGAGCAUCGGCCAAUAGGUGCAGCGUCGACUGUUCCACUCGUUGGCCAGGGCACGAUGUAUAAUGCUUGGGUCUCUCAUCGUGCCUUCCCGGUCCCUGCAUCGCAGUGGCCGCGAUGCCCAGAUCGUCGCUUGGGCUGCUUCGAUCGUUUCCAGGAGCCGUUCAUGGACCCGACGAUUGAUUCCCUGGUGAGCGAAGAAUCGUCUUGGAACCACCGGGGUGCUCGUUCUUCGCGUGAGGAUGUGCCAAUGCCUGAUUACUCAAGCUCGUCCAGCAGCCGCGCCAUCUCGAGUAUGACGGGUUCGAGCUAUCACAACCUCAGAAGUAUAGAUGACGAGCAGUACAACGAAUUGAUCCAAGCCUUGACUCCCACGAAGCCUCCCACGAUUGGUAUACGGGCGCCUUCCAAUACUCCUUCGGCUGGGGUUACUACCGCUCAGCCUGGAGCGGUCAAAGGGAAGAAAGAAGGCGCUAAGGGAAAGGAAGCAUCCAUGGAAACUCCUAAGAAAAGUCCCAAGAAGACUCUUACAGAGACACCAGAGCAGGUCAUUCCCCAGCAGUUCGAGACGGUCACGGAGGAUACGCCGAACGCUUGA